AUGGCUACAACCAGCAGUAACCAUCCAUGCCUUUACCGCCAUCUCAACUUCCCAAAUCAACGUCCACACUAUCAGUAUCACCAUCUUCUAGGGUUUUCAAAUUUCAGAGCUCCAAAUUCGUACGGACGGAGAACAGUAUACUCGAUUUCUGGGGAAAUUCGUGGAGGCAAGAGACCAAAUACGACGUCGUCACUGUCUACUUCGCUGUGGGAUGACCAACACUACGAAGUUCUACCCAGUGGAAAGAUAGCGUACUUGGACGAGCAGGACGUGGUCACAUUUAUUGACCCUCCUAAGGAGCUUAUUCCUCUGGAUCCCUCUUCUUACAAUCCAGCCGCAUAUCUCUGGAAGAAAAUUGAAGAUAUUUCGGAGGAAAGGCGGCAUAGAUUGCUGUCCUUGCUAAAACCCAGGUUUCUCUCUUCCUUGAUCCUUUGA